CUUUGUAGCUGUUCUCUAACACCAGUGAACUGGAGAGGCCUCUACUGAUUCAUUGGAGGAAAAUGGGACAUGUCUUCGCUGGAGAAGCCACAAACGUGGAAUUUAAUUGCACAUCGUUUCUUGACCAAUGAUGAUCCCUCGCGGGAGAAGAUGAAAAGGGGGGCUGUAUACAUGAGGUCUUGGUGUCGAGCUGCUUGCUGGGUUCGGCACGUAUGGAUGCAUAGCCGCGGGCUGGGGGGGAAGGAUAACUUUGCAUGGAUAUAUGCAGGCAGCGAAGUAAGGGUUAAUCGAAAGUGUGUGCGUGUCACUGGUUGGAGAAGAUUGCUGGUUUGGAAAGACAACGACGAGGGAAGAAACGAGGCGUGUACCUUUUCUUUUUCGUGCAGGGGUACAUUUGUGUGUGUGGUCUUUUGUCACUGUGAUGCUUUGCUAACUAACGAGGGACAUGACAUGGGACGUGGUGGAGUUUUUUUUUUUUUUGACCACGGAGAGAUGCCGAGCGGGAAUACUGUAAGAGAAGGGGAGGGGGGCCAUGACGAACUGGUUCUGGGAUUUUGCUGGGCGGGGAUCGGGAUCGACGGGAAGGGAGGGGGGGAUGAAAAUGUGAUGUGGUAUAAGUGAUUGAUUUGGAUUAUGCGUGUGCGUGCGCUGUUCUUUUUUUGUUUGAAAGUUUUUUGGUUUGGCUGGGGUGUGGUUUGAUGGGAUUAAUGAGGGGAGUGUG